AAUAGUGUGACCGCAUCUCGCUGACGUGUUUCCAACAACAAUCAACUAAACACGAAACGGUGUUUCUACUGAAACACCCACAAUCUGCGCGCCCGUACGCGUUGCAAUAUAGUUUUCACCCUUCGUUUCAGGCCCUGAAUGAAAACGAGCACCGGCAGACACAUAGGAAACAGGCAUAGGAGUAGCUAGUUAGGCUAGUUAGUUAGGCUACUCGGGAUCCCAUCCACACUCUUCGUUGGCCACCAGUGAGGAUAACCAGAAAGCCGUAACCGUAGCCAUGGCGCUGCUAACCAUGAUAGCCCGGGUCAUCGAUGGCCUACCCCUAGUGGGCACCAUGCAGGAUGACGAGCAGAGCGGGCGCAGUAUACUGGAUUACCAGAACCAGGCCAAGAUGCUCUUCCGCAAACUGGGCACUCAUUCGCCAGCUCGCAGUAGCAUCGAGACCGGACCCUAUCUAUUCCACUACCUUAUUGAAAACGAUGUCUGCUAUCUGGUGAUGGUGGACAAGAUGUACUCGAAGCGACUGGCCUUCAACUAUCUGGAAGAUCUGGCCCAGGAGUUCCACGCCAAUUACGGCAGAAGGGUCAAUUCGGUGACCAGACCGUACGCCUUCAUCGAAUUCGAUGUGUACAUACAGAAGGCCAAGAAGCAGCUGACCGACCGCAGGCGCAACAUCAGCAGCAUCAAUACCCAGCUCCAGGAUGUCCAGCGCAUCAUGGUCCAAAACAUAGACGAUGUACUUCAACGUGGCACCGUGCUGGCAGAACUUGACACAAAAACGCAAAACCUAUCGAUGAUGUCGCAGAAAUACAAGAAGGACGCCAAGAUGCUCAACCGGAAAUCGAUGUACGUGAAGGCCGCUGCCGGGGGCAUUCUAUUCCUAGUGUUCGUUCUGUACUUUUGGGUUCUGUAAUAUUCACUAGUACUACGGUAUUUAGUAUGGCGUUUUGUACGACCUUUUUUUAACGACUUAUGUCGGCAGUCGGACGUCAUAGACGGACGACGAAAAGACAUUUAUAGAGUUACGCGUUCACCUGUACCCUCUCCUGCCCUACCUGGCAAGACCCCCACACACACACACCGCAAUAAUACAUAUAUAUAUAUAUAGAUAUUUUUCAUAGAAAGAGUAGCCAAAACCCAGCCAGUCAUUGAAAAUGGGGCGAAAAAAAAAAACGACACGGGCGCCGCUUUCGAGGCUUAUUUACCUUCUAAUUUAAGUCUUUUUUUCAACCAAACGAUUGUAAUAUAUAUUAUUUCCUUGGAUUCCAUUAACUGUUAACUAGGUGCCCCAAAUGCCCCACUCCCUUCUACCCCUCCUUCUCCUCUUCAUCGUCAACGUAAAUAAACCCCCUUAUUUGCGCAAGUUUUUCUUGCAUAUUAUUAUUUUUUUGAUUACGUUGCUAUUUUAAUUGUUUUCAAAACUAAAUUCACGUUAAAAAAAAAUUGUAAAUUCAAAAAUGCGUGUGUGUGUCCAUGUCUCUAUUGUCCAAUGUCUAGUUUGUAUAUGUCAUUGCUGUGGAGGUAACACUGUACAGCGAUCGGUCGAGGGUGAUUGAAAAACCGGAAGUGGAAAAUGAAGUGGAAUAUAACUGAAAAUAUUAGCAAAGCAAACGAAACGAAAACGGUUCAAGUUUUAGGCAAUUUAUAUGUAUAAAUUUAAGGCAAAAUAAAUCAAUUUACAUUGUUUAAUAUAAAGAUAA